GCUCUCUUUCCUAUCCUCUCGUUGUUGUUUGCCCAUGGUUACCAGAAUGUCCGUAGCUAAAGCAUAUGCCUCUGACUUCAUCGCGUUUGUCAACAGCUCGCCCACUCCCUACCAUGUCGUCGACAACGCUAAGAAGCUUCUGCUCAGCGCCGGCUUCAUCGAGCUCAAGGAGCGCGACUCCUGGCUCGGCCUAGUCGAGAAGGGCAAGAAGUACUUCUGCACCCGUAACGGCAGCAGUAUCAUUGCCUUUGGUGUCGGGAAGAAUUGGAAGCCGGGCAAUGGUAUCGCCAUGGUCGGAUCCCACACUGACAGUCCUACUCUUCGCCUCAAGCCUGUCUCCAAGAAGGGUGCCGAAGGCUACCUGCAGGUUGGUGUCGAGCUCUACGGCGGUGGUCUUUGGCACACCUGGUUCGACCGGGAUCUCAGUGUUGCAGGCCGUGUGUACGUCAAGACUGAGGAGGGAGACCACGUGCCAAAGCUCAUCAAGAUCAACAAGCCCAUCUUGAGAAUUCCCACUCUUGCCAUCCAUCUUGACUCUGAGGUUCGUCUGAAAUUCGAGUUCAACAAGGAAACACAUCUCUUCCCAAUUGCGGGACUCGCUGCAGAGAUGCUCAACAAGUGCGAGGAAGCACCCGAAGGGUCGACUGCCACUGCCACCGGCGAGGAUGACUCCGAGUUCAUGCCGUAUUCGACAAUGACCUCUCGACAUCAGCCAAAGUUGAUCUGGAUGAUCGCCGAGGCCUGCGGGGUUCCUAUCAGCUACGUGCGUGACUUCGAGCUCGUCCUUUACGAUACUCAUCCUUCGACUUUCGGAGGUCUCUCAGACGAGUUCAUUUUCUCUCAGCGCUUGGACAAUCAGAUGAUGACUUACUGCGCAAUCCGUGGUCUCAUUGACUCGUUGGCCGAGCCAGACGCACUUGAUGGCGACUCGACUAUCCGCUUGAUUUCGUGCUUUGAUCACGAGGAGAUUGGUUCUGAGAGUGCCCAGGGUGCCCGCUCGAACUUCUUGCCGUCCAUUGUGAAGCGUCUCUCUGCCCUUUCUGGGGAUGCCGCUGCCGAUGCGACCGCUGAUGCUUCUGCCGACACUACCUUCUUUGAGCAGACCUGUAACAAGUCGUUCCUCCUCUCAGCCGAUAUGGCGCACGCGGUUCAUCCCAACUAUCCCGCCAAGUACGAGUCCAACCACAGACCUGAGAUGAACAAAGGACCUGUCAUCAAGAUCAACGCGAACCAGCGCUACUCGACCAACUCUCCCGGAAUGAUUCUUUUGGAGGAAGUUGCCAGGAUCAACAAGGUUCCUUUGCAGCUUUUCGUUGUCCGCAAUGACUCUUCUUGCGGAUCUACGAUCGGCCCUGCUCUUGCCUCGCUUUUGGGAACUCGCACUUUGGAUUUGGGUAACCCGCAGCUGUCUAUGCACUCGAUCCGCGAGACCGGUGGUACUGCUGAUGUUGAGUUUGCGGCUUCUUUGUUCUCGUCGUACUUCAACAACUACGAUGUGCUCGAGAAGAAGAUUUUUGUGGAUUAAGAGACAGUUAGAUAAUCAAUAUAAACGAUUAGAUAUUUUCAGGUUUUUUUCUAGUUAUACAGUUGCGGAUAUGAAGAUGCAGCGGAUUUCGAUACUUCUAGCUUAAUCAAUAAAUCGUGUCUCAACAAGCUCUUAUUUCCGAGACACGUAGACUGUUAGAAAGAAUAAUAUUACUACAGUAAAUCAGGUAAUUUACAAAUAUUCCGAUCCAUUAUACUACACCUGUUAUGCGGUUCUUCUUCCAAUGUAGAAAUAUACGUGAUGAUGGCAGCAUAAUGAGCUGAGUACGAUCG